UUGAAUAAAAUUGAAAAUAGAACUUUCUAAAAGUCCUGAGAGAAGAAAAGAAAUGUGGAGUGCAAUAGUACUGCGUGGUGGGGAAGAAGAAGAAGAGAUUGCGCAGAGCUGAGAAACACAUACACAGAUAGGCAAUCAAAACUAUUUAAUUUUAUUUUUCUUCAAAAAAUAUUAUUCACAAGAAAAAAAAAAGGAAGAAAAAUGGAUAGACGAACCCUAGCUUCGUCGUCUUCAUCCACCAGUAGUAGUUCUGUACAUCCGCCACCGCCGGAGGAUGCCUGGUACAAUACUUACCUGAAGCUUCUUCCUCAAUCGCAAUCUCUUCACUCCUCUAGCCGGGCGGUGAUUCCGAUUGAGAUAUCGAGGGUUAAUCAGGUUGAUGCUGGAAGGCUGGACAUUGAAAUGUCAGCCAUGUUGAAAGAACAGUUGGUUAAAGUUUUUUCUUUGAUGAAGCCAGGAAUGUUAUUUCAAUACGAACCUGAACUUGAUGCUUUUCUUGAGUUUCUGAUAUGGCGAUUCUCCAUCUGGGUCGAUAAGCCUACUCCUGGUAAUGCUCUCAUGAAUUUAAGGUACAGAGAUGAACGUGCAGUUGAAGCAAGGGGAAAAGUUAGAACGGGACUAGAAGGGCCAGGAUUAACUGUUUCUCAGAAGAUCUGGUACUGUGUUGCUACUGUUGGUGGUCAAUAUAUUUGGGCCAGACUUCAGUCAUUUUCAGCAUUCCGUAGAUGGGGUGACACUGAACAGAGAUCACUAGCUCGGCGAAGUUGGCACCUAUUACAACGCAUUGAAGGAUUUUACAAGGCUGCAUCUUUCGGAAACCUGCUCGUGUUUCUCUUGACAGGAAGGUACAGGAGUCUUAUCGAGAGAGCCUUAAGAGCAAGACUUGUCUAUGGGAGCCCUCAUAUGAAUCGAGCUGUGAGCUUUGAGUACAUGAAUCGGCAAUUGGUGUGGAAUGAAUUUUCGGAAAUGCUGCUGUUGCUUCUUCCUCUUCUCAAUUCAUCAUCUGUUAAAAAACUUCUCCAACCAUUCUCAAAAGAUAAAUCUUCGAACUCAGAGGGAGAUGAGGCUUUAUGCCCCAUUUGCCAGGCAACUCCAAGCACUCCUUUUUUAGCUCUCCCAUGUCAGCACAGGUAUUGCUAUUACUGUCUCCGAACAAGGUGUUCUGCAACUAUGGCGUUUCGAUGCUCCAGGUGCAGUGAGCCAGUUGUUGCUAUGCAACGGCAUGGAAGUUCGAGCAGCAAUAUUGCUCGGUGAAAUAUUGAAUUCUAGAAGGAUAAUGAAAUAACAAAGCACACCUAUUAGAAUGUUGUACCAUCUGUACGAAAGAAGUGCCCGAAGUUGGCAUCAAUUAUUGAAAUCAAGAAUGCGAAAUAUUCAUUUAUAUAGAAAACUUCACUCCAUUUUGAGUGAAACAUAAUUUUUCAGA